UUAAUUAUUACACAUUGUUUAUCAUUUAACAAAUGUAUAUUUCUUUUACUAAUGAUUCUACUUAAUCAGGUGUGAACUUCUUGACUAAUUCCUUUGAUGCUUCUCAAGUCCAUUUGAACCCACCAUUCAAUGAAGUUAAUGUUUUCAGACAGAAGUAAGAAUACACCGCAUAGUAAAUUUUCUUUCUAUCAUUUGUGUUAGCAUAAUUAUUAGUAGUGAUUUUAAAACGUUUAGAAUCGUUUUUAACAGGCUCCCCAAUGAUGGCCUCUCACUCAUAUACCGUCAGAGACAACCAAGGUGGGGGAUGGUUGCUGUUCAAGCUGAAAAUGUUGAAGAUUUUCCUAGGAGAACAAUUGAAGAGUUGAAGAAUUCGGUUGAGGUAUGUACAGCUUUUGUUUACUUAAUGGAAUUUUACUAAAUGACCAAUAAAAAAAAUGUGUCUACAGAUUGGAAAGGCAAGGAUUCACUGCACGGUCUACGCCAUUGACACGGACUGGGCUUGGUUCUAUAUUAGUUGUCAUACUUGCAAUAAGAAAGUGGAGAAAGUAGACGAUGGGGAUAAUGGGAUCACUAACAAAUCCUCAAAACCAAGGUUUCGGUGUUACAAAUGCAAUAUUGUAGUCACUAAUGUGAUACCAAGGUUUAUGCUCUAUGCUAAUGUCAUGGACUCUACUGGUGAGACAAAAUUAUUGUUGUUUGAUUCUAUUUGCUCUGAGAUUAUUGGGCAGUCUGCUGCAUCACUUCUUGGUGGCUCAGUUGAUGAGAUUGUAGAUCCAGAAAAUCUGCCUGAUCCACUGAAAAGUCUUAUUGGAAAGACUUAUCUCUUUCUGGUAACUGUUGACAAAGCAAACAUAUUUGAUGGUAAAGACAACUAUAAGGUCUCCAAAGUCCUCUUGAAAGAUGGCCUACUCGAAGAACAACUGUUGGAAAAUUCAUCUGAGACACUAAAUGCAACAUCUACUGUAUCUGGUGACCAGGUAAAUGAGCUACAUAUUAAUCCGGUAUUUAAAAGUAUAGUUAUCCACGGUACACCAAUUUUCAUAACUAGGUGUUGUACAUUUACAGGUACCUCACAUGAUAGAAAACAGCCCCCAAACUACUGACUCUACCACUCCAUCGUCUAAGUGUAUUUACCCUUCUAAUGGAGGGACCUCUGAUCAAAACUCCACUUCUAAAAAGUUGUGUAUUGAACCAAUAGAUUUAGAAAAGUCUAACCCAGAUUUUGGAGCUGAAAGAGUUCAUGAAAAAGAUGAAGAAACAAACAACAACGAUGGGGAGGGAAAACAGAAGGUUGUCUAUGAUGAAAGUGUUGUGACCAACUCAGUCAUUCAGGCAAAAGAAAAGAGUGUCGGGGUUAAGAUCAAGGUUGAAAAGAAGGAAUGAUUUGUGACAGCACUUUAAUUUAAGUUUUGCUUUUGUUUUUUUUUAUCUCCCAUUCUCAUGUUACAACUUCUUAAGUUUGUUAUUUCCUACUUUGGUGACAUUGUUUCUCGCUAAUAAUUGUUGUUUUCUAGCUCUUUUCUGAAAUUAUUUUGUAGCUUCAAUUAAACUUUUAUAUUGUUUUUCCAAUUUAACAAUGGCAGCAAAAUGAAAACUAUCUACAUCAUGAACCCUAAUUAUCUUCAUAGACUCUUUACUAUUUACUAACAUAAAUAUAGAACCAAGAUGUAUA